AAACAAAGAUUUAAAAUAUCGUUUUAUUUAAUAGAUCUACAACCUAAUAACACUUGAGGUUAUUUUACAUUGAUGAAUUUAUAAAAUGAGUGGUAAAACCAAGUAUGCUACGGAUUUAGAAAAAUCUGUUCUUGUGAAUAAUUUUGAAAAAAGAGGAUGGACACAGGUAUCUGCUGAUGAAGAUUGGAACUUUUAUUGGACGAAUGUUAAUACUACAAGGAACAUUUUCAGCCUUGAAAAUGGUUACAGAUUAUCGGACGAUCAAAUAAUAAACCACUUCCCCAACCACUAUGAACUGACACGUAAAGACCUCAUGGUAAAAAACAUAAAAAGAUUCCGAAAGGAUUUAGAUAAAGAAGGACAUCCACUUGCGGAAAAGGAUGAACUUGGCAGAUAUAUUUACCUUGAUUCAAUACCUGUCACGUUCCUUCUACCUGCUGAUUACAAUCUCUUUGUUGAAGAAUUCCGAAAAAAUCCCUCAAGUACCUGGAUUAUGAAACCAUGUGGAAAAGCAAGAGGAAUUGGCAUUUUUCUCAUAAACAAACUUUCUCAAAUCAAGAAAUGGUCACGAGACAGUCGUACCUCAUCGUUUGCUCCACCUAGUGCUAGGGAUGCGUACGUUAUUUCCCGAUACAUCGAUAACCCGCUGUUGAUUGGGGGAAAAAAGUUCGACCUUCGAAUGUAUGUCUUGGUAACCUCAUAUCGGCCGUUAAAAUGUUACAUGUAUCGGUUGGGAUUCUGUCGUUUUUGCACAGUGAAGUACACACAGAGCAGCAAUGAACUUGACAAUAUGUUUGUGCAUUUAACUAAUGUUUCCAUACAAAAACAUGGAGAGGAAUACAAUCCUGUGCAUGGUGGAAAGUGGACUAUAAGCAAUUUGCGUCUUUAUUUGGAAGGCACCAGAGGAAAAUCUGUUACAGACAAGUUGUUUGAUGAAAUUAACUGGUUGACUGUCAUGUCAUUAAAAGCAGUAUCUGGAUCAAUGGCCAAUGAUCGACACUGCUUCGAAGUUUAUGGUUAUGACAUCAUAAUAGAUGACAAACUAAAACCAUGGCUAAUUGAAGUGAAUGCAUCACCUUCACUUUCAUCAACAACAGCCAACGACCGAAUCAUGAAAUAUAAUCUUAUGAAUGACACAAUAAAUGUUGUUGCUCCUGGAGGAGAAGUUCCCGAUGUGAGAUGGAACAAGAUUCCACCACGUGAUGCUUACGGACAUUAUGAUCUCCUUUAUGAUGAGGAGCUUGCGCAUCAGCAGAAUGAGGGUGGGGUUGGAGGAGCAACCUCUGGUGGAGGAGCAGUGGGAGAACGAGACUCACGAUCUCGAGGACUUCUGGGUGGGGUUGGAGGAAUACGAGCAAGAGACCACAGUCGAAAUCGCGCCACAACGUGGAAGUAAUGUCAGAAUCAUUAAAUGCUGUAUAAGGUGACCAUUUAAAUAAAGUUCAGUAUUUGACUUCUUGAUGUGCAAGUGGACCUUCAAUUAUUGAUCUGCCUUUUACAAAUGUAACACUUUAUAAACCAGUAUAUGACUCACUUAUUUUAAAAAAAUGCCUGUUUUAAAUAUAGUACAUUCAUUAUGCAUCAUAUUAAAUGCAAUGCAUUUUUUUAUAUGGAAGACUAGUUUCCAUUUAACUGUUUUAAAAAGCACAACAGUUGGCUGCAUAUUAUAAAUUCCUUUUUUCUUAUAAUAAUAUAAGUUUUAUUUUUUUAAGCAAUAGAUCAACCUUAAAAAAAUGACCAUAAAAAAACCAUAAUGUAGCUACUAACAGUGCAAGUUAAAACAUGAAACGAAACAAUGGAGUCAUGUGGUUUAUUGUUACUUCCAGUGCAAGGUCCCAUUUAAU